UUAGUGUACUCUAGGACCCAAGUACGGAAAAACUGCACCACACUCCAACGCGUUAACGCGUUUUAACCUUCAAAACCGCGUGAUACCCCACCACUCUCUAUAUAUAAUGUACAGUGUACACCACCAGAAAACCCUACGCCCGCAGAAACUCUGCCCGACUUUACUCCCUCUCUACAAUGGCGAAAAGUAAUGGCAACGGUUACGUUACGUCGCUGGGCGGCGCAAGCGAAGUGGAGCAGGUAUUCAGAAAGUUCGACUCGAACGGCGACGGCAAGAUCUCCGCCUCGGAGUUCGCGGCGGUGCUCAGGGCGCUCGGCACCGAAACCUCGGAGGAGGAGGUCGGCCGCGUGAUGGCGGAGAUCGACAAGGACGGCGACGGCUUCAUUGACCUCCGCGAGUUCACCGAGUUCCACGGAAACGGAGCGACGUCGUCGCCGGAUUCGAACAAGGAGCUGCGCGACGCGUUCGACCUGUACGACAAGGACCGGAACGGGCUGAUAUCGGCAAAGGAGCUGCACGCAGUGAUGAAGAGCCUGGGGGAGAAGUGCUCGCUGGCCGACUGCUCGCGGAUGAUCGGUUCCGUGGACGUCGACGGCGACGGGUGUGUUAACUUUGAGGAGUUUAAGAAGAUGAUGAAGGUUUGAUUUAAUGAGUAUUAGUUUAAUAAUUACUAGUGCUUAAAAAAAAUUUGAAGCCAAUUAGUAGUAUAUUAGAUUAGGGCAAAUCCGCAAAGGGGGAUGGUUGCUAACGGUACGCUUUUGUGUUUUUGAGCUCUUGGGAAGAAGAGCUUUCAAAUAUUCCUUUCAAAUAUUUUCUCCGUCCGGAUUUAAUUGUUCUUAGUUAUAUUCUAACCGGCUAAUAUUUCUUCCAUCCAAAUUUAAUUGUCCCCAGUAGGGCGUAGUAGUAAAGUUUCAAUUAUGUCUGUGGCUAUGAUUGACUGGAACUAAUAUGUGGAAAUUUACAGUAGUUCUGAUUCUUCA